AUGCCCUCCAUCGAAGAGGCGCUAGGCCAAGAGCGCCAACACGCGCAAUUCCCAGCCCGAACCACAAGAAGAUCAAAGGUUGAUGCCCAAAUUCUUGAGGAUGCAGGUGACGAUGCUCAGCAAAUUGAUGUCGGAGAGAUCAGUCAGAUCCGAGAGACCACCGGGGAGGGCCCCGACGCUGGCAUCAACAGGCAGCUUGUCAACAAGGCCAGUAAUGAGACUGAGGAUAGGGAUGUUGGACAGGUCAAUGUCAUCACCACGCUUCUGAACGCUGGGUGCCUCAGUAGGGGCAACGUAGACAGUAUGGGUGCGAGUAACGGUGAAGGUUUUGCCAGCGCUGGUGGUGGGCAUAGGGAAGAGGUUCACGCUCGCGGACAGGGGCAGCUCAUCUGUGAUGCAGUUGAGAACGGCUUGGACGUCAACCUGGAGGGAGACACCGGAGAGAUCGACCUCGACGGUACGUUUGGCGGCAUGGGAAUGGGUGGCAGCGGCAGUGCCGGCGGCGAGCACAGUUGUGAAGAUGGUAGAGAAACGCAUUGUGAUCGUGGAUAG